UAUGACUUGCUUAAUUCAUCAGUACCAGGUGGCAUUUAACUCUGUAUAACCCGAGACAACUAUCAACUGGGCAGUAAACUUCCCUCUGUAUGCCUACGCCUCGUCCAUUAAGUGUAUAUAACGGGCGAAAUUAUCCCUUACUUUUCAACGUGAAAAUACAAGGUGAUGCAUGAAAGCAGGAGAAAUGUUGGAAACGCGUGAGUAGCACGGCGAAUGCGUGGGACUUGGGAGCCCUGCAACAAUCUUAACUGCACAAAGAAAUUAUACUGAAUGCCACACAGUGUGUGCAUACUCAUUUGCAGUUUAAUGCACAUGGGCCAAUGACUCAGCAUUAUGUCUUAUCAAUAUCACAUUUAUAUCACAUACGCAAGGAUUUUCUCAAAGUCAUGUGAGCCUACAUGCGGCCACCCUACACGAGGCAGGAAGGAGGAAUUACACGAGAUUCACCCACGAGAUUGUCUCACUAGUCUUAGAAUGAUUUGUUACAAAACGAUUUAGGCUACUAUUGUUCGCCUGGUGUCCAAAAAUUGAUUAUAGUUAAUAUUCCAUUUAGUUGCACUUUUAAAAAGUCACUCCAUACCAAUGGACCGAAGGCGUGACGAAAUAUGUAUAACUGAUGUGUUAUGCUUAUGGUUCACGGUUAAAUGUACUCCCAUAAAUAGGGCUUAGGAUAAAACCAUCCCAUCCGUCUGCUCUUAGCGAAAAUCUCUGCAUUCUUCCAGCAAAUAUCAGAGCCUGCAUAUCCAUCUGUCCAUCAGUCAACCUAAAAAUAGUGGGGGGGUUUCAAUCAAUUUACCAAUACCCAGUUUCUAGCAAAAGUCUUCAAAAAUGAACAGUGUCAGCAAUGGAAAAAUAGUUCCAGAACAUAUCAACGGAUUGAACAAAAGAAGCGUUGGGUUCCAAUUAUCAGAAGGGCGCAUACCUGUGAAAUCCCACAAGGAUUCGGAAGAUGUGUCUAUGCUUUCUGCCAUUGAAGGGGCUUACAGUACUGUCCUUAGAGAGCUGGGCGAGGACACCGAACGGGAGGGCCUUUUACGCACACCAUUGCGCGCAGCAAAGGCUAUGCAGUUCCUUACCAAAGGCUACCAUGAGACUGUACAAGACAUCCUGAAUGAUGCCAUCUUCGAUGAGAACCACAGUGAGAUGGUAAUAGUGAAGGACAUCGACAUGUUCUCCCUCUGUGAGCAUCACCUGGUGCCCUUCUUUGGCAGGGUUCACAUAGGAUACAUUCCAAACAACAAAGUAGUUGGUCUCAGUAAACUAGCAAGAAUUGUUGAAAUCUACAGCAGAAGACUUCAAGUUCAGGAACGUCUAACCAGACAGAUUGCAACUGCUAUCUCGGAGGCAUUGGAGCCAAAGGGAGUUGCAGUCAUUAUUGAGGCAGGUCAUAUGUGCAUGGUGAUGAGAGGUGUCCAGAAAAUAAACAGCAGAACUGCAACCAGCGUCAUGAUCGGAGUGUUCCAGGAGGAUCCCAAGACUCGUGAGGAGUUUCUGUCUCUGAUCAAGAGGAACUAACACAAUCAAACUAUCUGUGGGGCUUUCCAAGCAAAGCCUUUUUCUUUUCUUUCCUCCCUGUAUUAUGUAUCUCACUGACAGUCUAAGUUGAUGUCAAGCAUUCUCUUCUGUAGUUUUCCCCCCGAAUAAGAGUCUCUGUAGGGCUCAUCUCAACUGGUGCUGCUGCAUUUAUAGAAUUAUUGUCAAAUGAUUGGUGCAAAAAACGAACAGGGACCCAUUAUCAUUAUUUAGGGUUUCCUUCAUUUAUACAUGUUGCGUUAUAUGUAAUAUCAUAAGUAGUCCUGAGGUUGUGAUAAUGUUGAUAUGACACCAUUGUUACUGUUGCGUAUAUCUGUAUAUUAUGUAUAUGUUCACAGUAAAAAACAACAACACAUUUAUAGAAUAGCAAGUGCUGCCAAUCUAGAGUUGAUUGGACUUAACCCUUAAUCCAAUGGUGAUAAUACUACAGUAACUACAGCUGUUUCACAAACACACCUCCAUAACCUUAAAUUAUGUCAAUGUUACUGAACCGAUCAAUUUCAUGUCAAAUAAAUAAAGAUUUCGUUAGUUUGACAAUUUCAAGAAGGCUUCUGUCAUCUAUAAUUCCUGGAAUCUGUUUGUGUCUGUGUCCAUGGCUCGAUUAUUUUGAAAACCGGGCACUCAAUAAAAAUCGUUGGGUGCCUUGCUCAGGACACAAGAUAAAGUGUCCUCUGUAAUGUUUUUUGAGAAGCUAUUUUCACAGAAAAGAAAAAAAAGUCCUAAAAAGUCACACAUGUUGCAUCACAGGCACUUUAUGGAAAAACUCAAAUGAGGUCUUGCUGGACAACAUUUCAAUUGACAAUUUAAAAAUACAUUUUUUGAAGGGUGCCUUCUUUUUACAUAUUUUUUUUGUGGAAACGUUUUGAUUGGGAGAAAAUUGGACAGUGGAGGAUGCUCAAGAACCAGAGAUGGAUAUUUCAUCAGUACCCAUUCAUUUUAAACAGCAGUGUUCUCACCUGCUUGUGCCUUCAUGCCUCUUUCAGUGGUAAACCCGCUUGUUUCUGAAUAAGACCCCAAAAUAGAUUGACAGUAAUCACAUUUAUUCAGAAUAGAGAAGUUGAAUGGGAAGAGGCUACACUGGUGUCUGCAUGUACUCAGGAUGACCUGAGGCAUUAACCUCAACAGCAUGUGUUCAGGCUCAACAUUCCCUGUUCGGAGAGAGAAGGUUAACUCCCUAGUGUGCUGGGAGUGCUUAACUAAAAUAAUAAAAUGCAAGUUUGGGCAGAAAAGGAGCACCGUUACCAUUAAAGCUUUUCAUAAACAUGUUAAAAUGAAACAACAAACUAUAAGGUCAGUCAUUUAGAAUGGAGUUGGCACCUUUAUACAUCAAUAUAAAUGAAUAAACGUUCAAAUGUCAAUCCUGGUGAUCUUUCAGUUUAGCUGACAAAUAUUCAAGGUAUUUUCCUUCUAACUUGGAUAGGGUAUGGGAGAGUAGGAGGUUUGAAAGAGAGAGUGUAUCAGAAGGGGGUAGAGGGUCAAACUGGGUUUAAGUGUGCAAGUUGUGGGGAUAUUGUGGUUGGGUAGGGGAGUUGUGCUCAAACUAAUACUCGGUGCUCCAGUCAUUGGCAUUAGAAGCCAGAGUGAGUAAGGAGGUUGUCUAGAGACUGUGCUUGGAUGGGGAGUAGGGAUAAGACAUAGUAUGUGCUUAAUUAAAAUGGACAUAUUGGGUUGUCUCAUUCCCUGUUAACAUCCAUUCUAUACAGUCAUAUUCAGUUCUUUGGGCAUAAACCCAGGUUCAUGUUAUAUUUGCACUGCAAGUCAAACCAAAUAGAGCUUAUAGUGUUUUCUUAACAAAGGAUAGGUGGAGGAGUCACUCUUCAAACACGAAUAUUCACUCUUUAUACUAAAGGGAUUCCAUUCUGUUUCUUAAAGAAAAUGUUUGUUUAGAUGAGGUGGACCUUUAAACUCAUGUAAAGCUCCUGGAUGAAAGGUACAGAGUGCAGUACAACUCAUUCCAUCUUCCUCUAUUUAUAACUAUGAAUGAUAUUAGAAAACAAUUACUCAAAACUUAAAAAUGCAUACUUUUUUCCUUACAGUUUAUAAUGUAAGUUUGUACAAGUAAAAGGAUUAAAAAACGGUUAAAAAA